CCCAGCCCAGGGCGGCCGGUGAGGCAAGGGAAGGGAGGGAGGCCUUUCCCGGCAACACUGCUUCCUGCUCCUCCUCCUCCUCUUCCAGGCCAAGCUGCCUCCGCCGCAACCGCCCUGAUCUUGCUGGUGGUCUCGCCCAGCGAGUAAGUAAUAGAUGCGGGUAAAAGAUCCAUCAAGAGUUGUGUCUGACAGAACCAAGAGACACAAAAAGUCAAAUCAUCAUCAGGAUGAAGACUCUUCAGAUGAUAUUGCAGGUCUGACAUGCCAGCAUGUAAGCCAGGCAGUAGAUGUGCAUAAUGUGAAGAGGGCAGUAGCUCAAAAUUUCUGGUCAGUAUGUUCAGAGUGUUUGAAGGAAAGAAGAAUAUGUGAUGGUGAGCCUGUAAUGCCUUCUGACAUAUUGCUCUGCCUUAAAUGUGGCAUUCAGGGCUGCAGUCAAAAUUCAGAAGGCCAACACUCUCUAAAACAUUUCCAGACAGCACGGGCAGAACCUCAUUGCAUUGUAAUCAAUCUCAGCACAUGGAUUGUAUGGUGUUAUGAAUGUAAUGAAGAGCUGUCAACACACUGUAACAAGAAGGCUUUGGCACAGAUAGUUGAUUUCCUCCAAAGACAUGUUGCUAGAAAUGAAUCAAGUUCACCCUCAAAAGUUAUAUGGCUACAUGAAGAAAAAAAGGAAGCAAGCGAUAUAUUAAAGGGGAAAGGCAUCAGUUCCAGCUGGGCAUCUGUUCCAGUCAAAGGCAUUAAUAAUUUAGGAAAUACAUGCUUCUUUAAUGCUGUCAUGCAGAACUUGGCACAAACACACAUGUUAAAUGAAUUAAUGUGUGAAAUGAAAGAAAAGGGAACAAAGCUAAAAAUUGGUCAGAGUCCAGCAUCUCAACUGGACCCUUUGGUAGUGAACCUUUCCAGUCCUGGGUCACUGACUUCAGCUAUGUUCCUGUUCCUUCACAGCAUGAAAGAAAUGGGAAAAGGACCUCUUUCUCCCAAAGUUCUUUUCAGCCAGCUCUGUCAAAAGGCUCCCCGGUUUAAGGGAUUUCAACAGCAAGACAGUCAAGAAGUUCUUCACUAUUUGCUGGAUGCAAUGAGAAUAGAAGAAACAAAGCGAAUACAAGCUGCAAUCUUAAAAGCAUUCAACAAUCCAACUACCAAAACAGCAGAUGAGGAGACAAAAAGAAAAGUCAAAGCAUAUGGAAGAGAGGGUGUGAAGAUGAACUUCGUAGAUAGGAUCUUCGUCGGUGAACUGACAAGCACUAUAAUGUGUGAGGAGUGUGAAAAUAUUUCCACAGUAAAAGAACCUUUUAUCGACCUUUCGCUUCCUAUUAUAGAAGAGAGGAUCUCAAAACCAGUUCCUUUCGGGAGGACAAGUAAAAGUAAACAUAUACAAGAAGCAGAUAUUGACCAAUACAGCUGUUCUUCUAUUAAUUCUCUGAAUAACCAACAAUCAAAACUAUCUAGGAAACAGUCAUUAACAAAGGACAAGAAUCAAGUUAAUCAUGAGAAAAGACUUACCAAGAAAUCCUCCUCUGGUGAAGAAGAAACAACCCCUUUUAUUAUGUAUGAAGAUACUGGCAACAGUAAAGUUGAAGAAAGAGCUAAAGUUUCAUACGCAAGAGAGAGCAAUACAGUAACAGAUUCUGGAGCAAAUGGAAGUCAGACUGAAGGGAGUGAAAAAGAAGCCAGCCACUCCGAAAGCAGCAUGGAUGCAGAUAGUGAGGCGUCUGAAAGCGAAACAGCUUCCAGUAGAGCUUGUUCCACUCCUGGUUUGUGCACCAUUGAGCAUAAACAUGUAUCUGCAAACAUUAAAAUGCAGCACAACAAUUCAGGUGGUAGCAAUACAGAGGUACUUUCCAGUGCCUUGUCAAAACUCAACUUCAGCAGCAUGGCUAAUGAAAGUGAUGGGCCUUUCCGUAAGGAUCCACUAUCAAGCCUGUCAAAUCACGUUUCAGCAGAGAACCCGCCGUUAGUGCAAUGUCCUCAAAAUGCUUUCCAGACCCUGUCACAGAGCUAUACAACCAGUUCUAAAGAAUGCUCCGUGCAGUCCUGCCUCUACCAGUUUACAUCUGUGGAACUGUUAAUGGGAAACAACAAGCUUUUGUGUGAGAACUGCACAGACCGGAAACAGAAGCACCAAAAGAAAGUAAAUACUACAGAAAAGAAAACAGAAGGUGUGUAUACAAAUGCCAGGAAGCAGCUGUUGAUUUCUUCUGUUCCUGCUGUUCUUGUUCUCCAUCUGAAAAGAUUCCAUCAGGCUGGUGUGAGUCUAAGGAAAGUAAAUCGCCAUGUGGAUUUUCCAGUAGUUUUGGACUUGGCUCCAUUUUGUUCUGCUUCUUGCAAGAAUGUGACAGAUGGUGGGAAAGUUCUCUAUGCUCUUUAUGGAAUAGUGGAACACAGUGGGUCAAUGCGAGGAGGUCAUUAUGCAGCAUAUGUAAAGGUCAGGACACCAUCAAAAAGGCUUUUGGAACACAUUUCUAGCAAUAAAAAUGUUCAAGGUUUAAAAGAAUCAGGAGGAACGUCUUCAGGACAGUGGGUGUUUGUCAGUGAUACCCAUGUACAAGCAGUUCCUGAAUCAAGAGUCUUAAAUUCACAAGCUUAUUUACUUUUCUAUGAAAGAAUGUUGUAGUUACAAUCAUUCAUGAAAAUGAUUUGUCAUUUAGAGUCAUUUAAACUUGCAAGAAAAUGGCAGUAUAUGUAAAUCUUGUGCCUUCAUAUGUUCUUGAAUAUAAAGUUCAUGAUUAGUUAUAAUUCUAAAACUAUGGCUUGGAUCCAGAAAAGCCAAAGUCUGCACAGAGCACUUUCAUGCAUGCCCAGAUUCUGCUGGCCAACUCUGCUGUCUGGCAGCCACAUAUUGGACAAAAAUGAGUUCUGUUUAAAAUGUCCUAAGCUUCAGGUUAGUUUGUGAAGGCUGUGGGAAGUUGCCACCAAAAGGAGGCCCUAAUAAUCCCGUGUGUGAGUGGGGCAAUUUUUGUUUUUCUGAAUCCAAGACCAAGUGUUUAUUUUGUAAAUCCCCAGAAUUCAUUUGAAUAAUGUGCUCUGAAUUUGAAUACUGAUAUUUCAGUAUGAGCAGGAAAAAUCAAUAUUAAAAAUAUUGUACCAUAAAUGAUCUUGGUAAAACUGAGUAGUGCCUAAAUUUUCUUGUUGACUGGCUCAUGCUGAUACUUGCAUAUCAUAGUUGGUUGGCAUGCAAAUUUUCUUGAAUGUAUUGCCUAAGUUAAAAGUUCAAUAAAUGGAAAGUAGUUAUUUCAGGAAACAAAAAGGUUACUAAACAAAGUUAUGAACAAUUCAUGUAUUCAAAGAAGACACAUGGCACAGCUCUCUCAUAACUGAACCACUUCAGAAUGUAUGUGGCAGUUCACAUGUUUGAAUAUGCUUGCCUCUAAACCAAAUGUUGCUACACGUGGAAUCGUUAUUCCAAAAGGGAGCAAGCUAAUAUAGAAACUUUCUCCCUAAUCUGCUUUCUACAUUCAGGAAGUUAACAUGGCAGGGUGUUCUAACAUGCAUCCCCUUGCACUCUGAAGAUGGCACAGACCAUGGAGGAUUGUACCAUCCAACCUUUUUGUGAUUUGCUCAGAUGUGUCUAAAUAUAUUGGCAAAUUGGUGCACACUAACAGUACUUGAUACUGCCUGCCAUUCUCUAUGACUGAUCGAAUGUAUCUGCAGAGCAAAUCUCAAAUGUGCUGGUUUAUUCCACACCUGAAAUUUGGAGUUAAAUACUACAUAACAUUGACUGAUUCUACAAAAGAACUCAGUCUUUGUAUAGUUUUUAUGAUUUACAAAAUACACAUUAUGUGUUCUAUUUCAGUGGUUUUGUAUUAAAAAAUAGGAGUGGAGGUAUAUUAGUGGUUAUAAUCAGUGACUCUUAAAUGAACUGGCUCUACUUUUUCAUUUGCUUAUUUUCAAUAGUUUUAUUUAUGUUACAGUGCAGAGCAAUAUGUGCUAUCUUACUCCUAUGACAAGGUGACACUUCUCUCUCUCUCUCUCUCUCUCUCUCUCUCUCUCACACACACACACACACACCCCAAGUUGUUUUUAGAAUUUGGAGUAUUUCUCAAAGGAAAUGUUUAUCCUGUACGGGUUGCUGCUAUUUAGCAUGGGAAAGAUUAGUUUGUACUAUAAGUCUUUGUACUCAAAUAGGCUUUUAAAUUGUAGCCAUUGGCUUGGAGCCAGCAACAAACACAUAAAAAGAGGUUAGUGGAAGUGGACUUUCUAGCUCUUCCUGUGACAGUCAGCUCUCACUCCUGAAUCCUCUUCCAAAAGGUCCAGGGGUUCUUCUAAAUGGUGGAAUCAGCUUUUGUAUUAAUAAGUGUGUGUUGGGAAUCCCCAAAACAUUGGAGAUGAGAUGGAAGGUGCAUCUACCAGAUUUUUAGGGCCUCCAACAGACCCCAUACAAUAACUUACCUCACUCAAAACAAUUCCUGGACCUGAGGAGAGGGUGAAGGGGAUGUUGGGGGAGGAGUGAAUAGUAAAGAUAGCUUCUACUAACUGCCUUGAUUUCAUUAUUCUUGGAUCCAAUUGAUGAAUGAAUGGUAGCAGAAACAGACCUUUUCCUGAUAUUCCUUUGGUUUUUCUAUGGCAUUGGUAUGAAAGGCGGUGUGUGCAUAUGUGUCAUGCACAAGUGCACCCACUUGCCCAUGGGUAGCUCCCUGGCCUAAUACACAGUAAAUGUAAAUGGGAACUGUGUAAAUCCAGCUGCAUUGCUUGCCCACACCUGCAUUAAUUUCAUCAAAAACAGCAAAAUGUCGGCAACUUAAAAGACUAAAACAUUUUAUUUUACAUAAACUUCCUUGGGUUGAUAUGUUUCUACAGUCUACAAAAACAUAUUCCAAAUAAAACUUGUUAGUUUUGUUACUGCUACUUUUAAAAAGGAGUAUUGUUAAGCAAUUUUUAAAAAUUAGACCACAGGAUCAUCAUCAUCAUCAUCAUCAUAUUUAUUUGUACACUGGUG